AUGGCUUUCUCGCAGCCUGAUUCGCCGUCCGAUUUUGAGCCUGAUGCUAUUCCCGAGUCCCCGCCGACGAUACCAAGCCAUCAAAAUACGAUAUUAAGCCUCUAUGACGCGCCGUCAAGCCUUCCUGACGCUAUUCCCGAGUCCUCGCCGCCGAUAUCAAGCCUCUAUACCUUCCCGCUACCCCCUCUCGAUCAACAGUACGAUACGCCAGAGCAAGGAAUUACUGCAAUCAAUGCUUUCGCCCGUCCUCAUAGUUACGCAGUCUCGAUUCUUCGGUCGAAACGUACAAAAAAAGGAGUCAUGAAGACAGUCCGGUUAUGCUGUGAUCGAGGACGGGCGUAUCGAGAUCGGACUGCCGGUAAUAAGCGCCAGCGGCAGUCAAAUACGCUCGCGAUUGAGUGCCAAUUCUCGAUCUCCCUACGGCUACAAAAGAGCAAUACCUGGCGUCUUACAGUAGAGAACUCUACCUAUAACUAUGAAACCUCGCCGGUAUCAACCCAUGUAGCCCAUCGCAUCGCGGAAGUAUCCAAUAAAGCGGAAGACAUUCGGAAGCAGCUUGAUCAGGGUCUUUUAACUCGCCAUAUCCUUACUGCGUUUCGAAAGGAGGAUCGAGACUCAUCUAUUACCGCCCAAGACAUCUAUAACCUACGGAGAAAGUUUUAUACAGAGUUCCUUGCCGGCCGUACGCCUCUUUAA